CAGAAAAUAGACAUCUGUCAUUCACGGAAGGGGUUUUGUUUCGAGUGGAGAGGAACCUGAGGGAGAAAUAAAUAAUGGCAACCUGCGACCCCUUCCGCAGCGCCCGCCUCAUCUACCGCGCCGUGCACCCAGAAAAAGACAAAGAUCUGUUCAACGCCAUCAACGACGACCGUAUCGGCUUCCAGAACAGCAACGCCGCUAACAUCCGUCUCCCAGGCCCCGCUGACGCCGAGAAGUUCUUGAAAGAGAUUGCAGAGGAAGUCCUGCUAGGCGCUGUCAUUUGCCUUCCCGAAGCUGCAGCCAUAAGCUCUGCUUCAGCCUCAGAAAAUAUCCGUGAAGCCACUCAGCAGCCGCUGAAGAAAGGGAAAGUAGUGGCGAAAGGGAACGCAGGUACACCGAUCGGCCAGAUCCACCUCAAAGCUGCAAGCCGGCACAUGGCGCAUCACCGCAACACGGAAAUAGGGAUCGAUAUCUUACCCCAGUAUCAGGGCAAAGGGUAUGGCUCUGAAGCUAUUCAAUGGGCGCUGCGGUUUGCGUUUGAAAGGGCGGGGCUGCACAGGGUUACGAUUCGCGCCUUUGAGUGGAAUGAUGGCGCUGUGAGGUUGUAUCGAAAAUUGGGGUUUAAGGAAGAGGGGAAAGUGCGGGAUGAGCUGUGGUUUGAGGGGAGGUGGUGGGAUGGGGUGUUUUUUGGAAUGUUGGAGGGGGAGUGGAGAGAGCUGAGGGCAAAGGAAGGGAAGGAGGAAAUUGAAUUGCUUUAGGGUUGGCUUGUAUGCAGAGCGAGAGAGUGGUAAAGAGUUGUCUGAAGCUACGUUCUCA